CGAUUAAACCCCGCCCCUGUAUUGCUCUGCAGGCUUCCUCUGCGAGCAGAACAUCUCCAGAGGAAAACAUAAUAAAAGAACAUUUCAUCCCCACCAGUGACGUGUCAAGUGAGCCAUAACAAGAAUAUAAUAAGCAUAUAUAUAAUAUAUAUAAGGUGGAUCUUUGGUUAAGGGAGAGAAUAAACCUGACUGUGUAUGUUGCAGAGACGGCGGGUUGCGGCACCGCUGCUGCCAGGAUGUCCGGCACAGGUACGGUGCUGCAGCAGUUCGUGAGUGGCCUUAAGAGCCGGAAUGAGGACACGCGUGCCAAAGCUGCUAAGGACCUUCAGCAUUAUGUGACAACAGAGCUGAGAGAGCUAAGCCAAGAAGAAGCCACCACUUUUUAUGAUGAGUUGAACCACCACAUAUUCGAGCUGGUCUCCAGCUCAGAUGUGAAUGAGAAAAAAGGAGGGAUUCUUGCCAUAGUGAGCUUGAUUGGAGUGGAGGGAGGCAAUGCCACACGGAUCAGCCGCUUUGCCAACUACCUGCGUAACCUGCUGCCCUCCAGUGACUCGGUAGUCAUGGAGAUGGCGUCCAAAGCCAUGGGGCACCUAUCCAUGGCAGGAGACACGUUUACUGCAGAGUACGUGGAGUUUGAGGUGAAGCGGGCUUUGGAGUGGCUGGGAGCUGACCGGAACGAGGGCCGGCGCCAUGCAGCGGUGCUGGUGUUGCGGGAACUGGCCGUCAGCGCACCCACGUUCUUCUUUCAACAGGUUCAGCCUUUCUUUGACAACAUCUUCUAUGCAGUAUGGGACUCUAAGCAGGCUAUCCGUGAGGGAGCAGUGUCUGCUUUGAGAGCGUGCCUCAUCCUCACCACACAGAGAGAGACCAAGGAAAUGCAGAAACCCCAGUGGUACAAGCAAACGUUUGAAGAGGCAGAGAAAGGUUUUGACGAGACGCUGGCUAAAGAGAAAGGCAUGAACAAGGAUGACAGGUGCCAUGGCGCCUUGCUGAUUCUGAAUGAGCUGGUUCGCAUCAGCAGCAUGGAGGGAGAGCGAUUGCGAGAGGAGAUGGAUGAGAUCACGCAGCAGCAGCUGGUUCAUGAUAAGUACUGCAAGGAGCUGAUGGGCUUUGGCACCAAGCCGCGCCACAUCACACCCUUCACCAGCUUCCAGUCGGUGCAGCCACCGCAGUCCAACGCCUUGCUCGGUCUCCUGGGUUACAGCAGCCAGCAAUGCUUCCUCAGCUUUGGCGCUGUGCCAGUGCCUUCCAAGAGCACGCUGGUGGAGAGCCGUUACUGUCGCGAGCUGAUGGAGGAGCGCUUCGAUCAGGUGUGCCGUUGGGUGCUGAAGUACAGGACCACUAAAAAUCCUCUCAUCCAGAUGACUAUCCUCAACCUGCUGCCUCGCCUCGCAGCCUUCCAGCCACAUACCUUCACAGAUCAGUAUUUGUCGGACACGAUGGGUCACCUGCUGGGCUGUCUGAAGAAAGAGAAAGAACGCACAGCUGCAUUCCAAGCUCUCGGGCUGUUAGUGGUGGCUGUGAGGACUGAGAUUCAGCCCUACCUUUCCAAAAUCCUCGAGAUCAUUAAAGCAGCCCUGCCACCGAAGGACUUUGCACAUAAGAGACAGAAGACCAUGCAGGUAGACGCCACCGUCUUCACCUGUAUCAGCAUGCUGUCUAGAGCUAUGGGACCCAGCAUUCAUCAAGAUAUCAAGGAGCUUCUAGAGCCGAUGUUAGCUGUUGGACUUAGCCCUGCGCUGACAGCCGUACUCUACGACCUGAGCCGACAAAUUCCUCAACUUAAGAAAGAUAUCCAGGAUGGAUUGCUCAAGAUGCUGUCACUGGUGCUGAUGCACAAGCCGCUACGGCAUCCGGGCAUGCCCAAAGGCCUUGCACACCAGCUGGCCUCCCCCAGCCUCACCAACAUCCCUGAGGCCAGUGAUGUGGGCAGCAUCACUCUGGCUCUGCGCACCCUGGGCAGCUUUGAGUUUGAGGGUCAUUCCUUAACACAGUUUGUACGGCACUGUGCCGACCACUUUCUGAACAGCGAGCACAAAGAAAUCCGCAUGGAGGCAGCACGGACUUGCUCACGUCUCCUCACGCCUUCCAUCCACCUGAUCAGUGGCCACGGCCACGUGGUCAGCCAGACAGCCGUGCAGGUGGUGGCUGACGUCCUCAGCAAACUGCUGGUAGUAGGCAUCACAGACCCAGAUCCCGACAUCCGAUACUGUGUGUUGGCGUCCCUGGAUGAACGCUUCGAUGCCCACCUGGCACAGGCCGAGAACUUACAGGCUCUCUUUGUGGCAUUGAACGAUGAAGUGUUUGAGAUUCGAGAACUGGCCAUCUGCACAAUCGGCCGCCUCAGCAGCAUGAACCCAGCCUUCGUUAUGCCCUUUCUGCGGAAGAUGCUCAUUCAGAUCCUGACUGAGCUGGAGCACAGCGGCGUGGGCCGGAACAAGGAGCAGAGCGCCCGCAUGCUGGGCCACCUCGUGUCCAAUGCCCCUCGGCUCAUCAGGCCUUACAUGGAGCCCAUUCUCAAAGCGCUCAUCUUGAAGCUGAAGGAUCCAGACCCUAACCCUGGCGUAGUCAUUAGCGUCCUAGCUACCAUUGGGGAGUUGGCUCAGGUGAGUGGUCUGGAGAUGAGAAAGUGGAUGGAUGAGCUUUUCCCCAUUAUCAUGGACAUGCUUCAGGACUCGUCCUCUUUGGCCAAAAGACAGGUGGCACUGUGGACUCUGGGCCAGCAGGUGGCCAGUACCGGCUAUGUGGUGGAACCCUACAGGAAGUAUCCGUCUUUGCUGGAGGUGCUGCUCAACUUCCUAAAAACAGAGCAGAACCAGGGUAUCAGGCGAGAGGCCAUCCGUGUACUAGGCCUUCUCGGCGCACUGGACCCAUAUAAGCAUAAGGUCAACAUUGGCAUGAUUGACCAAUCACGCGAUGCUUCUGCUGUGAGUCUUUCAGAAUCAAAGUCCAGUCAAGACUCAGCCGAUUACAGCACCAGCGAGAUGCUCGUGAACAUGGGCAACCUACCUCUGGACGAGUUUUACCCAGCUGUUGCCAUAGUGACGCUGAUGCGCAUCCUGCGCGACCCGUCGCUCUCCAACCACCACACCAUGGUGGUGCAGGCCGUCACCUUCAUUUUCAAGUCAUUGGGCCUUAAGUGUGUGCAGUUCCUGCCCCAGGUCAUGCCCACGUUCCUCAACGUCAUCCGAGUGUGUGACACCAGCAUAAAAGAAUUAGUUCCGCUACUGGGUAUGGUGGUGUGCUUCGUCAAGAUCCACAUCCGACCGUACAUGGACGACAUUGUCACCCUGAUCCGAGAAUACUGGACCCCCAACAACCCAAUGCAGAACACCAUCAUCCUGCUCAUUGAGCAGAUAGUCGUGGCUCUGGGAGGAGAGUUCAAGCUGUACUUGCCACAGCUUAUCCCACACAUGCUACGGGUCUUCAUGCAUGACAGCAGCCCCGGGCGGAGUGUUACCAUGAAGCUGCUAAUGGCCAUACAGCUGUUUGGUGCCAACCUGGAUGACUACCUCCACUUGCUGCUGCCUCCUAUAGUCAAACUGUUUGAUGCCCCUGAUGUCCCGCUACAAGCCCGCAAGGUUGCUUUGGAAACCUUAGAUCGUUUGACCGAGUCCCUAGACUUCACCGACUAUGCUUCCAGAAUCAUCCACCCCAUCGUGCGCACUUUGGAUGGAACGCCUGAAUUACGAAGCACAGCAAUGGACACCUUGUCCUCUUUGGUCUUCCAGCUUGGUAAAAAGUACCAGAUCUUUAUUCCUAUGGUGAACAAAGUGAUGUUAAAGCACCGAAUCAACCACCAACGAUAUGAUGUGCUCAUCUGCCGCAUCGUUAAGGGUUGCACUCUGGCUGAUGAGGAAGAAGACUCUCAGAUUUUCCAGCAUCGCCAAUCACGUAGUAGCCAAAGUGACACGUUGGAGAGUGGCCCGGUAGAAUCCGGUCCGAUGAAGAAGUUGCACGUCAGCACAACUGCACUUCAGAAGGCGUGGGGUGCUGCCAGGAAGGUGUCUAAAGAUGACUGGCUGGAAUGGUUGCGGCGCCUCAGUGUUGUCCUGCUGAAAGAGUCACCCUCUCCUGCCCUGCGCUCCUGUUGGUCCCUCGCCCAGACCUACAUUCCACUUGCCAGAGAUCUUUUUAAUGCCGCGUUCCUGUCAUGCUGGUCUGAGCUAAGUGAGGACCAACAGGAUGAGCUGAUCCGCAGCAUUGAGCUAGCACUGACAUCACAGGACAUUGCUGAAGUCACACAGACUCUGCUCAACCUGGCUGAAUUCAUGGAGCAUAGCGACAAGGGUCCACUUCCACUGAGGGACGAUAAUGGAAUCGUGCUACUGGGCGAGAGAGCUGCUAAAUGCCGUGCCUAUGCCAAGGCUCUGCAUUAUAAAGAACUCGAGUUCCAAAAAGGCCCGACUCCCCUUAUUCUGGAAUCUCUUAUUAGUAUCAACAACAAGCUGCAGCAGCCAGAGGCCGCUUCAGGGGUCCUGGAAUAUGCUAUGAAACAUUUUGGUGAAUUGGAGAUUCAGGCCACCUGGUAUGAGAAACUGCACGAGUGGGAAGAUGCUCUGGUAGCCUAUGAUAAGAAGAUCGACAUGAAUAAAGGGGACCCGGAGCUUAUUCUGGGCCGCAUGCGCUGUUUAGAGGCACUGGGAGAAUGGGGUCAACUACACCAGCAGUGUUGUGAGGAAUGGACUCUGGUUAGUGAGGAGACACAGGCCAAGAUGGCACGCAUGGCAGCUGCUGCAGCCUGGGGCCUGGGACACUGGGAUAGUAUGGAGGAGUACACCUGUAUGAUUCCUAGAGAUACCCACGAUGGUGCCUUUUACAGGGCUGUGCUUGCUUUGCACCAGGACCUCUUCUCACUGGCCCAACAAUGCAUCGACAAGGCCAGAGACCUGCUGGACGCUGAGUUGACUGCCAUGGCUGGAGAGAGCUACAGCAGAGCAUACGGGGCCAUGGUGUCAUGUCAGAUGCUGUCAGAACUAGAAGAGGUGAUCCAGUAUAAACUGGUUCCAGAGAGGAGGGACAUCAUCAGGGAGACAUGGUGGGAAAGAUUGCAGGGCUGCCAGCGAAUAGUCGAGGACUGGCAAAGGAUCCUGAUGGUGCGUUCUCUGGUCAUCAAUCCCCACGAGGACAUGAGGACGUGGCUGAAGUAUGCCAGCCUGUGUGGAAAGAGUGGACGUCUGGCUCUGGCUCAUAAGACGUUGGUCCUGCUCCUCGGUGUUGACCCGUCCAAACAGCUGGACCAGCCUCUGCCCACUGCCCACCCACAUGUGACGUACGCUUAUAUGAAGUAUAUGUGGAAGAGUGCGCGCAAGAUUGACGCAUUUCAGCACAUGCAGCACUUUGUGCAGGCCAUGCAGCAGAAAGCUCAGCAUGCCAUCGCAGCCGAGGACCAACAGCAAAAGCAGGAGCUUCACAAGCUCAUGGCCAGGUGUUUCUUAAAGUUAGGUGAAUGGCAGCUGAGUCUUCAGGGCAUUAACGAAAGCACCAUACCGAAAGUGCUUCAGUACUACAGUCACUCCACAGAGCAUGACCGUAACUGGUACAAGGCCUGGCACGCCUGGGCUGUAAUGAACUUCGAGGCCGUACUGCACUACAAGCAUCAGAACCAAGGCCGGGACGAGAAGAAGAAGCUCCGGCACGCCAGCGGCGCUAGUGGUGCCAGCGCCAACAGCGAGGCCAGCAACAGUGAUAGCGAAGCUGACAGCGCUGAUCACAGCCCAGUGCCUUCACCUGGCCAGAAAAAAGUCAACGAGGAUUUGUCCAAGACUCUGCUGCUGUACACAGUUCCUGCUGUGCAGGGAUUUUUCCGAUCUAUAUCCCUGUCACGUGGAAACAACUUGCAGGACACACUGAGAGUUUUGACCUUGUGGUUUGAUUAUGGCCAUUGGCCUGAAGUGAAUGAAGCUCUUGUGGAAGGAAUCAAAACUAUACAGAUAGAUACGUGGUUACAGGUUAUUCCUCAGCUGAUUGCUCGUAUCGAUACUCCUCGCCCGCUGGUGGGACGCCUCAUUCAUCAGUUACUCACUGACAUUGGCCGCUACCACCCACAGGCUUUGAUCUACCCACUGACUGUGGCGUCCAAGUCCACCACCACAGCUCGCCACAAUGCUGCCAAUAAAAUCCUGAAGAACAUGUGUGAGCACUGUAACACACUGGUUCAGCAAGCCAUCAUGGUGAGUGAGGAGCUGAUCAGGGUAGCUAUCUUGUGGCAUGAGAUGUGGCAUGAGGGCUUGGAGGAGGCGUCCCGUCUGUAUUUUGGUGAAAGGAACGUCAAGGGCAUGUUUGCUGUGCUGGAGCCCCUACAUGCAAUGAUGGAGAGAGGACCUCAGACCCUAAAAGAGACCUCUUUCAAUCAGGCAUACGGUCGUGAUCUGAUGGAGGCGCAGGACUGGUGCAGGAAGUACAUGCGCUCGGGUAACGUGAAGGACCUGACCCAGGCCUGGGACCUUUAUUAUCAUGUCUUCCGUAGAAUCGCCAAGCAGCUUCCACAGCUCACGUCUCUGGAGCUGCAGUAUGUCUCGCCUAAACUGCUCAUGUGUCGUGACCUGGAGCUUGCUGUGCCCGGCACUUAUGACCCCAACCAGCCAAUCAUACGCAUCCAGUCCAUCGCACCUUCACUACAGGUCAUCACCUCCAAACAGAGACCACGCAAGCUGACCAUCAUGGGCAGCAAUGGGCACGAGUUCAUGUUCCUGCUUAAGGGUCACGAAGAUCUACGGCAAGACGAGAGGGUCAUGCAACUCUUCGGGCUUGUCAACACCCUCCUGGCUAAUGACCCGGCAUCUCUCCGCAAGAAUCUGAGCAUCCAGCGGUAUGCAGUGAUUCCUUUGUCCACUAAUUCUGGCCUGAUUGGUUGGGUUCCUCAUUGUGACACGCUGCACGCUCUGAUUCGAGAUUACCGCGAAAAGAAGAAGAUCUUGCUGAACAUCGAACACCGCAUUAUGCUCAGGAUGGCUCCAGACUAUGACCACUUGACCCUUAUGGAGAAAGUAGAGGUGUUUGAGCAUGCAGUGAACAACACAGCAGGAGAUGACCUUGCCAAGCUGCUGUGGCUUAAGAGUCCCAGCUCAGAGGUGUGGUUUGACAGGAGAACCAAUUACACUCGCUCCCUCGCUGUGAUGUCCAUGGUUGGAUAUAUCCUAGGACUUGGAGACAGACAUCCUUCUAAUCUGAUGCUGGACAGGCUGAGUGGAAAGAUCCUCCACAUCGACUUUGGAGAUUGCUUUGAGGUUGCCAUGACCAGAGAGAAAUUCCCAGAGAAAAUCCCCUUCAGGUUGACUAGGAUGCUGACUAAUGCCAUGGAGGUGACGGGGUUGGAUGGAAACUACCGGAUUACGUGCCACACGGUGAUGGAGGUGCUGAGAGAGCACAGAGACAGUGUCAUGGCCGUGCUGGAGGCCUUCGUCUACGACCCCUUACUCAACUGGAGGCUUAUGGACACUAACACUAAAGGAACCAAGCGCUCCAGGACCAGAACUGACUCCUAUACAGCUGGACAGUCUGUCGAAACAAUGGAGGGUAUUGACCUGGGAGAAACCACUCACAAAAAGCCAGGAACCACCGUGCCUGAAUCUAUUCACUCGUUCAUCGGAGAUGGCCUUGUGCAACCUGAAGCCUUGAACAAGAAAGCCAUCCAGAUUAUCAACAGGGUGCGGGACAAACUGACAGGACGGGACUUCUCCCACGAUGAGACCCUUGAUGUCCCGACACAAGUAGAGCUGCUGAUUAAACAAGCCACAUCACAUGAGAACCUGUGCCAGUGUUACAUUGGAUGGUGUCCGUUUUGGUAGAGCUGCUGUCGAGCCUUGUUUUGCUAUCUGUGUUAUUUAAUGAUACACUUGAGUUCUAUAAUGCCAUGUUUGAGACAAAUCGGCUAAACAGACUUAAGAGAGCUGCAUGAAUUAGACAUUUUAAACUAUGUCUGACUUUUAUUAAUUUAAUAAUGGAAUACAUGAAAUUAUGAAUGAGGGAGCUAAAUACUUGAUUGAAAGUGUUAAUCCUGACAAAUAUCAGCAUUUCUUUGACAAUAAAUUUUAAAGAAGUG